AGGACCCCAGCGCCGGCCGUGGCGUAGGGCCGGUGGACGCGGUGGUAGCGGCGGCGGCGGUCGUUGCGGAUCACGCUUUCCUGACUGCUCUCGCAGCUCUGGCUGAUUGUUUUGCAGCCGGCGCCAUGUCUGUGAGCGAGAUCUUCGUGGAGCUGCAGGGCUUUUUGGCUGCGGAGCAGGACAUCCGAGAGGAAAUCCGAAAAGUUGUACAGAGUUUAGAACAAACAGCCCGAGAGAUUUUAACUCUACUGCAAGGGGUCCAUCAGGGUGCUGGGUUUCAGGACAUUCCAAAGAGGUGUUUGAAAGCUCGAGAACACUUUGGCACAGUAAAAACACAUCUCACAUCUCUGAAGACAAAGUUCCCUGCUGAACAGUAUUACAGGUUUCACGAGCACUGGAGGUUUGUGCUGCAGCGCCUGGUCUUCCUGGCGGCGUUUGUCGUGUAUUUGGAAACAGAAACUCUGGUGACCCGAGAAGCAGUGACAGAGAUUCUCGGCAUUGAGCCAGAUCGGGAGAAAGGAUUUCAUCUGGAUGUAGAAGAUUAUCUCUCAGGAGUUCUAAUUCUUGCUAGUGAACUGUCGAGGCUCUCCGUCAACAGCGUGACUGCUGGAGACUAUUCCCGGCCCCUGCACAUCUCCACCUUUAUCAAUGAGCUGGAUUCCGGAUUCCGCCUUCUCAACUUGAAGAACGACUCCCUGAGAAAGCGCUACGACGGCUUGAAGUAUGACGUGAAGAAAGUAGAGGAGGUGGUCUACGAUCUCUCCAUCCGGGGCUUUAAUAAGGAGACAGCUGCAGCUUCUGUUGAGAAAUAGGAGGCUCCCCCUGCUCCUGGCCUGGCUGACCUCACGGUGGCCCGGGGAGGGUGAGCAGAGAGUGCCUCUUAUGGUAGUUAGGACUCCCAGUUGCUAAACACUGCGCUUUAUUUUCUUAACCAGUUGUGUGGUGUGCGCAUCAGAAUUGAAACAUUUUUUGGGGUUAAAAAAAUAGCCUUUACAUGGACAGAAUUUUCUUUGUUAUUUCAGUGGAUUUGCUCAGUUAUUCAGUGUAUUUCAGUUCUGUCAACAAGUAUAAAUGUCAGUCUCGUGGUGAAGUUGCUUUCUGGCAUACCUGACUGUACUGAUGGAAAAGCCCGUUAUUUCUGUGUGAUUCUCCCGGAUUCGAUGCUUGAUGUUUUCUCUAUCCAAGUUAGCCAUCCACCCCAGGAUGCAAACAAUUAAAGAGGAUGAUUGCCAAGCAAGGAAAACUCCCUCUCUUCUUUUAAGCCUUGUGAAUAAAUGAGAUACUGACUUUU